AUAUUUACUCUAGAAAUUAUAAUUGAAUGUAUUCAUGAUGGCCUUUCCUGAUAUUUUUUGCAGAUUGUGAUUGAGUCACCUGCUGCUCAGACUCAAGUUUUGCAAAAAGAAACACUGGAAAUGAAUGAGACACCUUCUUCUCCAAUAUCUCCAAAGAGUAUUGAGGCUCAAGUUUUUACUCCAAUUCAGAAACAGCAGACGGUAACAGAGGAAACGUAUGAGGCUACACAGCCAUUGACUGAGAUCAUUUCAGCAAACAAUAAAAAGGAGGAUACACAUGCUGUGCAUUACAGACCUUCCUCUCCAUUGUCUUCACUAAUUGCACUAGUUAUUGAAGAAAAUAAGAAUGCUUUGAGUGAGACAGAAACUGCGACCCAAUAUUUUUCUACAAGUGAAGGAGAGCAUUCACAAUCAAGCAGAAAGAAUCAAGCGGAAGAAUAUCUCAAGGAUACUACAGAACCUACUACUGAGCUAGUUUCCACAGAUGUUUCGAAGACACAGCCUCUUACUCCGCAAACACAGCACCUUCAGACAAGUGAGGGAGAUCAAUCCGAUGAGACACCAUCAGAGCAGAAUCAAGCAGAAGAAAAUCUCAAGGAUACUACAGAACCUACUACUGAGCUAGUUUCCACAUAUGUUUCGAAGAUGCCGCCUAUUACUCAGCAAACAGAGCAUCUUCAGACAAGUGCUAUAGAUUUUUCAGAAAAAACGAGGUAUGCAUCGAGUAUAUUUGAUCUUUAAUUA